UCUUCCCGGAAGUAUGCGCCCAUCAUCUGGUCUGAUGUCCAGUCUGUUGUGUGUGUGUAUAUGUGUGUUGGUGGGGGGUUGGCAGAGUUGCAGAUGAGGACUUCGGUUCAUUAAUUUGAGUAAAUUCCCCCAUUUUUAUGGCAUGUAGAUAUCAAAAAAACACAGUGACAAUGCAGACCCUCACUCCUCACGUUUACUGGGCUCAGCGUCACGGAGAGAUUUAUCUCCGGGUGGAGCUGAGCGACGCCAAGAAUCUCGACAUCAGCCUGCAAGAAAACAACACACUUCAGUUCAGAGCACAGGGCCAUGGAGCUAAAGGAGAUAAUGAAUACGAGUUCAGUUUGGAGUUCCUGGAACCCGUUAGACCUGAGAUCAACCAUAAGUCCACCCAGCGUCAGGUGGACAUCAAGAUCAAGAAGCAGGAGGAGCGCUGGUGGGACCGGCUGACCCUGCAGGAAAAGAAGCCUCUGUUUUUGGCUCCCGACUUCGACCGCUGGCUGGACGAGUCCGACGCCGAGAUGGAGCUUCAGGCAAAGGAGGAGGAGAAGAUAAACAGGAUAAGUGUGGAGUCAAGAGUUCGUAAAGACCCCUACCUCGGGCUGAAGAAAGGCUACUUGUUUAUGUACAACCUGGUGCAGUUCCUGGGAUUCUCCUGGAUCUUUGUCAACAUGACCGUUCGACUCUUCAUUCUUGGUCAAGAUUCGUUCUAUGAUACCUUCCACACCACGGCUGACAUGAUGUAUUUCUGUCAGAUGAUGGCCGUGCUCGAGGUCAUUAAUCCCUUGUUGGGUCUGGUUAAGACUGGAUUUUUUCCUGCUAUGAUACAGGUGGCAGGCAGGAACGUCAUUCUGUUCGUUAUCUUCGGCUGUCUGGAAGAGAUGCAGAACAAGUCUGUUGUCUUCUUUGUGUUCUACCUGUGGAGCACCAUCGAGAUCUUCAGGUACCCUUACUACAUGCUGGCCUGCAUCAGCACAGAGUGGAAGCUGCUAACGUGGCUGAGAUACAGCCUCUGGAUCCCUCUGUAUCCGCUGGGGGUUGUGGCUGAAGCGGUGGCUGUGAUCCAGUCCCUGCCGAUCUUUGAUGAGACGCGUCUGUUCAGCUUCCCCCUCCCUGCGGUGCUGGGACACUCUUUAAGCUUCUCCUACACUCUGCAGCUCUACCUGGUCCUCAUGUUCCUGGGACUCUUCAUCAAUUUCCGACACCUGUACAAGCAGAGGAGGAGGCGAUACCGCUCGAGGAAAAGGAAAGUCCACUAACUGAUCAGAACCUUUAUUUCGCACACACCCUCUGAACUGCCCUCCACUUAAAGAUAAAGCAGCUGUUUUCUUUUCCUCUGAUUGCCUUCCUACACACACACACACACACACACACACACACACACACACACACACACACACACACACACACACACACACACACACACGCGCGCACUGACCUGAUGUUGGAGUACUGGUAACUUUAUUCCUCCACUGGGUGAACUGGUGACCUUGUCCAGACCAAAUCCUGUAAAUCCUACUGUACCAGCUCGACAACUCACUGUUGAACGGACAUCGCCUGAAAACACUGUACACGUUGAUCCAGUGCUUUACUACUGUGAGUUUGAGUUGUUACCAUGUUUAUUCUCCUUCAAAUGUCCAUAUUUAUUAAGCUCUCUGUCCGCGUCUGCAGUCACUGUCUAAGGUUUUGUUAUUUCUGAUUACUUCUGUUGAAAUAACAGAAAUAUUUUGUCUAUUUUCAUGUUGAGGAUACGAGAGAAGCGUUUCCUUUAUGAACAUAUGGGAGUAAUUUGUUUUAGGGUUGGAAAUAAAACAGUUACAUGUAGUUUAGGAAAUCAGUUUCUGUGUACAAACACUGCAAUAGAUCCGCCUUUUUCCGCUUUAUAUCUUUCACAUUAUGAAAUUAUGGUCCUUGUUGGUUCAAAGAUAAUGUUACCUCAAAACGGCUCUUCAAAACGUGUUUUAAUGGCGCUUUAUUGUCUUUUAACCAUUAAUUAGAAAUCAUGUAUUUAUCUAUACAUUAUUAACCUUUAUAUUUCCGUUAUAUUGUUGUUGAGUAUAAAUGCAAUUACAAGCCAAUACAGUUUUGAUACUCUCUGAUGUGGUGUGUUCAAGGAUGCUUCACUAUCUGGGAAUUUAGGAAUUUUCUGCAUUAUAUUAAAUGCGAUAAAUUCAUAUGAUCAUCUCCCUGAUGUCCAUGUUUGCUUGUUUUCUUGUGGGUUUUAUUGUCUGACAACACAGCUUGUCAGACAUCUUGUAAACAAAAAGUUUUUUGUCAGAAGACUGAAUUCUCGAACGUCUGAACGUACUUCAACGCACCAUGAGAGUUUGACAAUUGUUCCUGCUUGCAAUUGCAUGAAGUCAGAGCAAUCUCAAGCAACUUUCAAGUCUCUGCAAGUUGAUUUUGAACUUGUAGAUUCUUGGAAAAUCAGUCAGCGGUGAUGUGAAGUUUACACAAGCUGAAGUUGAUAAGCUAAAAGACCACUUUUAUGGUUCUUGAAUAGUCAAAGAAAUUAUUUCAGAUGCCUUUGCAUGAAAACUUGUUACUCAAGAUAAUCCACAGAUUUGUUGUGAGCAGUUUCAUGUAGGAACUAUUUUCUUUCUACCGAUAGUUCCUACAUGAAACUGCUCACAACAAAUCUGUGGAUUAUCUUGAGUAACCGAGUCAUGAUUUCUGGAAAGAGACAUUGCUGUUGAGUUUUUCAAAUAUAUUUUUUUGGCGCUUUGAGCACCACAAGCCGAGUGAAGAAGGGCAGCGAUACAUUGUCCACGCGAUGCAAAUAUAUCUCAAUUCUUUCACUCCCUUUCAACUUUGACCUGUGAAACAGCGCUGCAAGUUGAGCAGGAGGUGGGGUUCUCAUCAUUUUUUCCACUGACUGUACUUGAGUUCUUUGUUUUCUUUUGUCCUUUUCUAUCUGUUCACCUUUGAGCCUUUUCUUUAUUUGUUUUAUAUUUAUGUUUACUGAAGUUGUUGCUUUUAAUUAGUUUGUUUCAGAUAGAUUUUUCUAAGGGUGUCUUUUGGGACGGAUGUGUUGUGGGCAUACAGCUUGAUUUAGAACAAUCUAUUGCAUUUCAAAAGUCCUUAGGCAGACAAAUUUAGACUAAUGCUGCGUUACAUUGUAAGUCACAAUUAUGGUUUCCUGACAAAAAUAAACAUCAGCGAUCCUA